AAGAAGAAGACAGUAUAAGAAAAGAUGGCGGUGAAGGUGUAUGGAAAGCCACAGGCAGUGUGCCCGCAGAGAGUGAUGCAUUGCCUGGUGGAGAAGGGCGUCCCCUUCGAGUUCGUCCUCGUCGACAUCGACGCCAUGGAGCAGAAGCGGCCUGAGUACAUGGAGAAACAUCCGUUCGGCCAAGUUCCCUUCAUUGCUGAUGGCGACUUCGAGCUCUUCGAGUCUCGGGCCAUCGUGCGGUACUUUGCGGCCAAGUACGCGGACCGCGGGCCCAACCUUCUCGGCCGGACGGCGGAGGAGCGAGCCAAGGUGGAGCAGUGGCUGGACGUGGAGGCCAUCAGCUACAGCCCCUGCGCGUUCACAAUCGUGUUCAACCUUUUCCUGUUGCCCAUCCGCGGCCUCCCGGGGAACAAAGGCGAGGCCGUGGCCGCCAUGGAGAAGCUCGACAAGGUCCUCGAGGUGUACGAGAAGCAGCUGUCGCGGACCAAGUACUUGGCCGGGGACGAGUUCACGCUGGCCGACCUGACCCACAUCCCCGUGACGCGCUACAUCGUGGAGCACUGCGGCCUGGCGUACCUCCUCGAUGACAAGCCGCAUGCCAAGGCGUGGUGGGAAGACGUCAGCCGCCGGCCGGCGUGGAAGAAGGUGAUGAGCUUUGUGGCGUCCGGGGCGUCAUUCUACUCCCCCUAGAGUUGCUGUGCCACUGCACAUCAUGUGUUCGAUGAAAGGUCGGGGACUUAUAAUGCGUCAUCGGUUUUGAUGUAGUAGGCAGGUGUUGUGACAUUUCCUUCCUGAACGUCAAUAAUAAAAAUCUGUAUGCCGAUCACGCGAGCAUUGUAUCUUUGUUCGAGAAAGGUAAGUUGAGUCUGUACUUGAUGUCAUGCCAAGACACGUAUUGAGAUGAAAGCGAGUGAAUUAGGUAUCUUCUAUGGA